AUGGAUGAUGUACUUCUUUGGGAUUCAACUACUGGAAGGGUUACAGAUUUUGAAACACACUUCUCAUUUAUCAUGUUGGCAGUAGAUAAUUUGUCUUAUGGUGAUGGUAUCACUUUUUUCCUUGCUCCUAAAUGGUCUAAACUUCCUCCAGAUUCACAUGGUGGGUAUCUAGGCCUACUGAGUAAGGAUAAAGCUACCGAUAACUCAACUCAGAAUCAAAUUGUUUCGGUUGAAUUCGAUAGUUGGAGGAAUGAUUGGGAUCCAAGUCCUGAUAAUGUUGGCAUCAACGUUAACUCAGUCGUGUCUGUGGCUAACGUGACAUGGAAAUCUAGUAUUAAGGACGGAAGAAAAGGUAAUGCUUGGAGAUUUAGCAAGCUGCGGCAUAGAAAUUUGGUUCAACUUGUUGGUUGGAGCCAUGAACGAGAUGAAUUGCUUCUCGUGUACGAAUUCAUGCCAAACGGGAGCCUUGAUAACCAUUUAUUUCGAGGGGAAGCUGAUCUUACAUGGGAAGUUAGGUACAAAAUAGCUCUUGGGUUAGCUUCUGCGUUAUUGUACUUGCAUGAAGAUUGGGAGCAGUGUGUUGUUCAUAGAGAUAUCAAGUCCAGCAAUGUGAUGUUGGAUUCAAAUUUUAAUGCUAAACUCGGGGAUUUUGGUUUAGCAAGUUUUGGAAUCGUUGCACUUGAGAUUGCUUGUGGGAGGAAGCCAUAUGAAGCAGAUGUUGGGUUCUCACUAGUAGAGUGGGUUUGGGGUCUUUACGGAGGAGGUAAGAUCGUUGAAGCGGCUGAUGAAAGGUUGAGAAUGGAUUUCAAUGAGUUAGAGAUGGAACAAUUAAUGGUUGUAGGAUUAUGGUGUGCUCAUCUUGAUUCUAAAUCAAGGCCUUCAGAAACUCAAGUUCUCAAUGUUCUUAAAUUUGAAUCUCCAUUGCCUAAACUUCCACUCGAGUUACCAAUUCCGGUGUAUCUUCCAGCAUUACCGUUUGCACCUGAUUUGCCGUCAUUUGCUGGUUUUACUGAUACACUCACUCCACGAUAG